CAUGUUCAUAAUGCGAUAAUGCCCUGUGAAAAGCCACGCCCCACCGUGGCAUACAGGUAGAAUUGAGCAUGAUCAAAAGAAACCAUCUUGAAUACCGCGCACGGCCUUCUUUUUCUUUCUUUCUCUGUACACCUUAUUUAGCGCGCCACUCCUUGGAGGACGUCCUGGUAGCUUAGCUACAAUCUACCGGUAACCCCAGAUCCUGCACUACCACAGGUUGCGUGGUCCGCGGAGGCCGUCUAUCUCAACUCAGCUCCUGGUGGUCUCCGCCUACCCUUUCGUUUGAUCCUAUCUUCUGCUCGACUUUGUUCCUUGUCAAGUACGCCCACGGUGUUGUUCAUCGCGAAUCCGUAUUGUUCUUUUACACUUCCUUCCCCAGUCAUGCCCAUUUAACAUGUAUUCCAAACGCGCUGAGGAGACACAGCCCAUACCGCUACCAAAACCUAUAGUUUGGCCUUCGAGUGGGAAGUGGGAUGGUAAUGAUGGCAAAUGGUCCUCCUUCACGUUGAACGUUGGUGCAACUCAGGAGGAUCUUAAUGGUGGUCAUAACUUCAGAGUACUGCCAUUCACAUACUCAUCGCUCACGUUGCUACCGUCCCAGCAGUCAUGGUGCAAUACAGACUGCGCCGCGGCUCGUGGCGUAGAACCUUUCAAAUCUAAACAGCCCCUUGGAUUUGUCCCCGAUCCAGCGACGUGGAAUGAAAAAGGACAAUCCGAACUUCCUCUUCCAUCUUGGUGGACUGGCAGCCAAUUCAACAAUACUGGAAAUCCCAAUGGCACAUAUGGAUUCGGCACAGUCGGAUUGGGUCCAAGCUCACCGGAUAGUCCGAUGAUAGGAGACGUUUGGGUGGUUCAAUUUAACUCGAGAGAUUUCUUCAUGGGAUCAUUCGGUUUGGGCAUAGACGCAGUGAAGCAAGGGGGAGUUUCUUCAGUCUCCUUCCUACGCACUCUCUUGAUGAAUAGUGGUGGACUUGGUACUGCAUACGGAUACUCCGCAGGCGCAUCCUACAAACACAACGACAGGGGUGUUCCGGGACAUCUAGUUCUCGGAGGUUAUGAUCGAGCCAGAUUCAUUGACCAAACAGCGAAUAUUAGCUUCACUCCGAGCGCGGGAUCCAUAUUACUCGUAGGAGUUCAGUCUAUCAUAUACCGACCCGAUCCCGACGUACAAGUGCGAAGCAGCUCCUUCACCGCAGACACUUUGACGUUCAAUGCGGCGAUUGAUUCAACACUCCCAUAUCUCACCUUGCCCGAAGAAAUUUGCGAUAGGUUUGAGGAAGAGUUCCAGCUCGAUUAUGACGAGGAUGAAAAAUUUUAUAAGAUCAGCGACAGUGCCCACAGGUAUAACCUAAAUCAGAAUGCGACUGUGACAUUCCAAAUUGGCCAAUCGAAGGACAACAGCGACCGAUCAGCGAAAAUUGCCUUACCAUACGCAGCAUUUGUUAUGAAUGCAAGCGAACCUCUUUUCGAAAACUCUACGCGGUAUUUUCCUCUCAAGAGAUCUAUUGAUGGCAAAAAUGUCUUGGGGAGAACAUUUCUGCAGGAAGCAUACCUCAUAGUUGACUAUGAAAGAGCAACUUUCACAGUGGCCCCUGCUGCGUGGCCCGAUCCCGCACCUUCGUCAACCAUAGUCACGAUUCUUUCGACCUCAUACACUAAUACUUCCGUUCCGGCGCCAAGUCCUAAGAACAACGGUCUUGCACCUGGUGCUAUCGCCGGUAUAGUGGUCGGAAUACUGGCUGCCUUAGGCCUCAUUGCCGUCGGUGUGUUCCUUUGGUGGAGGAGGCGGCGCGCGCAAAAGCCAUCCGAGGAGACACUCGAAAAGACAUCCGACUUCGACACUACUCAAGCGGGAGACCAAGUAAAGGCACGUCGUGUUUCCGAGCUUGAUUCGGAGCCCCCCAACUCUCCUAGGCCCUCUUUUGUACCUACAUACUAUGACCCACACAAUAAGGAUCAUGUUCCGUUUCCGGCGAUUACUGAAAUGGAGAGCCCUCCUGCUGAACUGUACAGUCCUCCACCUCCAGAUAGUGCGGCUGGAACACCAGGAAGCGAACGAGCAGACUACUUCAUCGUGGGUAACAAGGUUAGGCGACGAGGGGCGACUCGAGAAUCUUCGGGAAACAACACGCCUGGUACACCAGGAGUUGGGAUGAUUGCCGAGCUACCAGGAGAUGAUGGAAAAUUCAUGGUUGAUGGUCAGCACUUUGAUGAAAUGGCCAGCCCAACAUCGAGUCCUAUCAUCCCUGCACUCCCCACACAUAAUCGGGGUCAAAGCGACAGCACUCUCCAGAACAACAUCGAUGGGGUUCUUGCUGGAUCAAAGGAUCAACAGGAUCCAGUGGACCCGAGUGUAACAACUACGCGAGAUACGUCCCCCGGGGUAUCUCCCGUUCCACUGGCCCACAGACGCGCUCUUCGUGAUCGAGACGGUUCCCCAGGAAUCUCACCAGAACCAGGUUUGGAACGUCGACCGUCACAUACAAGAGGAUUGAGCGACUCUACGGUACAGAGCGAUAGCACUGGAAUUUCUGGUCCGACACCACAAGAAAGAGAAGCUUGGGAGAAAGAAAAAGAUGACGGGCCAAGAAGGCCUCUUUCGAAUUAAUCGUCACACCACCCGUAAGCACUUUGCGACAAUCAUGCUAGCGUAGCUUCGGCAGCCCUUUCUGUGCAGAUAACUAUGUCUUUUCAGUCUGUGUUUUAUGAUAUGGGGUGGAAUCCUGGGGUAUAGUACAGAAAUAUUUUUGAUCCUUCUACGCAUGUUUGGUGGGGUUACUGCGACAAUAUUCUAUUUUAUGUCUGAUAUUAUUCACACGGACGCGACAUAUACCCACAUUCACGACGCUCUUUUACGAACGGCCACUCUUAUAGUACAAGUCUAUCCUCGUAGCCAACCUGCGUGUAGCGCAAGUUCAGUAACUGUUUAUCCUGCAAUUAACUAGCCACCUAUUCUAAGAAGUAAUUUCGUCUGUACGGAGUACUUAUAUGAAAAAUUAGACCUAGCAAAAGAGCCAAAUUAGCUCACGUAGCUGAGCUGACUUCCUAAUCGAGAAUGCUGGUUUAC